GCAUGAUCCGUUGCCACUAAGUGUGUGAGUCGUCAUCAAAGUUUAAACUAAUUUGCCACAACUUCCCAUAUAGCCUAUAUAAAGGAAGCUCCGUCCUCUCGAGUACCCACGAGCUGCACACCAACUUUUUUUUUUGAAUGCAGCUGCACAACAGUAUUUGGCAAGACUACAGAAACACCGGAAGGCAGAGGAAUUCAACCAAUUGAAGGUGUUGAUUGCCACAUCCAGCUGGAUCGCUUGUAACUCCCUGACCUGGAUCUGGAUGGCUGCCUUAUAUCUCCCUCGCUGGAUCUGCAUCGACUGCUCACUCCUCAUCACGGAUCUCUCCACUUGAUUCAAGUUCAAGCUAAACGAGCGAGCGAGCCCUGCAACUACUUUCCAGACAGCAAGAAAGAUCUGCUCGAGGGCAAGGGCCAACCAAUCUCAUCUCUCCGGUCGAUUCAAGUACCAGCUCAAGGGAGAAGGAACCCAGAACCAGGGGCAGCGUCGCAGCGGUUCUUGAUGCUUUAGCAACCUAUAUCACCAACAUGCUCGCGGACAUUCAGAUAUGUCUCUCAUCUAGCUUGGAAUUGUUGAUGUGUGAUAAAGGUAGUAAUACAGAUGACUUUUUGUUCAGUGCCAGCUCAAGCCACUGAAACCUGUAGCUACUUCCCAGAGAGCAAGGGAGAUCUGUCCAGGUUUUUGCUCUGCAGCAAGGGCAAACACAAGAUCCGUCUCUGAUCUCUCCAGUAGAUUCAAGUACCAGCUCAAACGUGAGUGAAUCCUGCAACCAAUGGCGGGGGUCCUGGAUGCUUUGGCAUCCUACAUGACCAGCAUGCUCUCCGAGAUGGCCAAAGAGGAGGUCGCCAUGCUAAUCGGCGUGUCCGACGGGAUCAAAGACCUGAGCAUCAAGCUUGGGGACCUCAAGAAUUUCCUUGCUGAUGCUGAUAGGAGGAACAUCACCGAUGAGAGUGUGCGUGGGUGGGUGGGGGAACUGAAGCGUGCCAUGUACCUGGCCACUGACAUCGUCGACCUAUGUCAGCUCAAGGCCAUGGAGCAAGGUCAAACCAAGGACAGGGGGUGCCUUAACCCUCUGCUCGUUUGCAUGCGGAAUCCCCUGCACGCCCAUGACAUCGGCACCCGCAUCAAGAUGCUCAACCAAAAUUUGGAUGAUAUUUGCAAGAGGGGCAGCAGUUUCAAUUUCAUCAAGCUAGAAGCCUACCAAGACCGAAAGAUGACUGGAUAUCAUGCAACUGGUCGCAAAACUGAUUCACUGAUGGAGCGGUCAGGUGCAGUUGGUGAUAAGAUUGAGGAGGACACGAGGGCACUUGUGGAGGUGCUUACAAGGGAAGCUGCUAGUGACAAGAGAGAUCGCUUCAUGGUGGUGGCCAUUGUUGGUGCCGGUGGGAUUGGGAAGACCACCCUCAGCAAGAAGGUCUUCAAUGAUGACAGUAUCAAAGGAAAGUUCACUAAGAAUAUAUGGCUUAGCAUCACCCAAGAUUUCAAUGAUAUUGAGCUAUUGAAUAAGGCUAUCAUCGCUGUUGGUGGAGACCUACCUGGAGGUGGAGGAGCCCGAGACAGAGACCUACUUGUCGGUGCUCUCAAUAACGCCAUCAGGGACAAGAAGUUCUUUCUUGUACUAGAUGACAUGUGGGGUGUCGAUGCAUGGGACAAAUUACUGAUGGCUCCCUUUAGCUACGGCGGCCCCGGCAGCAGAGUCCUUAUCACCACAAGACAUGACACGGUUGCCCUAUGCAUGAAAGUUGUGCACUAUCACCAUGUUGACAAAUUAGGUGCUAAAGAUGCAUGGUCAUUGCUCAAGAAGCAGGUAGUCACAACAGAAAAAGAUGAACCCGAGAUUGAGAUUCUAAAGGAUAUUGGCUUGCAGAUUAUAGAAAAGUGUGAUGGUCUGCCACUUGCUGUAAAGGUGGUGGGAGGGCUAUUAUGCCAGAGGGAGAAAAAUCAACGUGCUUGGCAAAAGGUUCUAAAUGAUGAUUUAUGGUCAGUAUCUCAAAUGUCAGAAGAGCUAAAUUAUGCAAUAUGUCUUAGCUAUGAGGACUUACCCUCUUGUUUGAGGCAAUGCUUUCUGCACUUCUCCCACAUACCUAUAGUUUUACCAUCAGAUGUGAUUGUCGGGAUGUGGAUCAGUGAAGGGUUUGUACACGGAAACCCAGAUGGAUUAGAAGAAUUGGGACAUCAGUACUAUAGGCAGCUAACACUAAGGAACCUUAUAGAGCCAGUUCCAUAUGGUAUUGGUCAAUAUCUCUGCAACAUGCAUGAUGUUGUUCGCUCAUUUGCUCAAUUUGUAGCUAGAGAUGAUGCAUUGAUACUUCAUAAAGGAGAAAAUAUUAACAUCAAACCUAGUUUGCAAGGGUUUCUUAGGUUGUCUAUAGAAACCAAAGGAAUAGAAUCAGAUGAACCUGAGUGGAGAAGUUUACAAAAGCAUAAAUCACUUAGAUCAUUAAUGUUAAUUGGAAAUUUCAAGAUUCAGUCGGGUGAUUCAUUGGAAACAUUUUCAAGCCUACGGAUGCUACAUAUAGAAUCAACCAAAUUUGAUGUCUUGGUUGAAUCUCUGUAUCAGCUCAAACACUUGAGGUAUCUAGCAUUAAUAAAGUGCAAUGACUUAGAUAGGCUGCCCGAGAACAUCCAUAAGAUGAAAUUCCUACAACACAUUAGUCUUGAAGAUUGUGAGAGUGUUGUGAAACUUCCUAAUAGCAUUGUGAGGUUACAUGAACUGAGACAUCUUGAUCUUGAUGGCACACGUGUAAAUAGUAUACCCAGGGGGUUCGGUGCUCUAUAUGGGUUCACAGCCCAUGUGGAUGGUGAUUGGUGUAGUCUGGAAGAACUUGGGCCUCUUUUCAAUCUUAGGAGCAUUGGGUUAGUGAAUCUACAGAAUGUUUCAGAUGCCUCAUUCGCCACAAAGGUCAAGCUUGGUGAAAAGGUCAGUCUUAGCCAGCUGAUCCUCAACUGCACGGGAAGACUAGGCAUCAAUGAAUUUACCAAAGAUUCAGUCUCGGAGAAGGAUCAAGGAAUGGUUGAGGAGGUGUUUGAUGGGCUCUAUCCUCCACCUUGCAUAGAAGAUAUUCGUAUCUACAACUAUUUUGGGCGUCAACUCCCAAAAUGGAUGAUGUCAGCAACAGUGAUGCGUAUGCCCCUCAAUAGCUUAAAGAUUUUAGUGAUGUGGGACAUGGCAUAUUGCACCCAACUCCCAGAUGGCUUGUGUGCGCUCCCAUGUUUAGAGUACCUAGACGUCGGACAAGCUCCAAUAAUCAAGCGUGUUAGGUCUGAAUUCGUGCAGCCAUAUAGUCACUGCCAUCAUGCUUCAUCCCAGGUUGCUGUCUCGUUUGCAAGACUGCACAAGAUGAUAUUAUGGGAAAUGGCGGAAUUGGAGGAGUGGGAGUGGGAGAAGGAAGUGCAGUCUAUGCAGGCCUUGGAGGAACUUAAAAUCAGAAGUUGCAAAUUGAGGUCCAUCCCUCCUGGCCUUGCCUCCCAUGCAAAGUCUUUGAAAAAGUUAACCAUAUGCAAUGUCCAGCAGCUCCAGUAUAUAGAAAACUCUGCUUCUGUAGUCGAGCUCAGCCUUGCUGGACUACCCGACCUGACUAGGAUCUCCAAUUUUCCCAAGCUGCGAAAACUUGAGAUCUAUUGCUGCCCGAAGCUCGAGUUGCUGCAGGAGAUGGUUGCACUCCAGAAGCUAGCAGUUCAGUACAGCGAGAAGCAGCUCCCAUCGUACCUGCAAACUGUAAAGCCAAGCCAUUUGCUGCUGGAUUGCUGCUCGGUGAUACUCCUUUCCAUGGCUUUGGGAGAGUCUUGUUCCGAGUGGGACAAGUUCAGCCAUAUCCAGCAAGUUGAGGCUUAUGCAGAUGAUGGAGGCAUUGAAAAGAGAUGGCACCUAUUCUACACAAGGGAGCCCUACAACAUGGAGACCAACAUUGAUCUGCGGGAGUGGUCAGACGAUGUUAACUUUAUCCAAUCAGAGGGUGAAGAUGGACUGCCUCGGUUAGCUGCCCUGAUGAAAUCUGUGGAUGAAGAUGAGGAGGAUGCAGACAACACAGAAGAAAUAGAGGAGGAAAGCAUGGGCCAAGGAAGGGAGGAGUAGCAAAUCAAGGAGGCAACAUCAUGUUAAUUUCCUGCUGCUGUUAUAUGUACAAUCCCACGUGCUACCUCUCACAGCCCGGGAUCACAUGGUCCAAAAGCAUAUUUUUAUAUUUCCGCAUUUGAUUUGGUGUAAUGUAGAAAACUAAGUACAACAUUGGAAUUGCUUGGUUUGUUUGUCAACAUAUGGCAGAAUAUACAUGAGAGGCCUACAUGCAGCAUGCUUAAUAUAUAUGAUCCGUUAACG